GCGUCGGCGGGCGCAGUGCGCAGGCGCGGGAGUUGCUGGCCGCCCGCAGGCGACCCGGGCCCGGCGCGCGCGGGGCCUUGUGGGAGGGUUCAAGGAAGUAAAAUGGCGGACCUGGCGAACGAAGAGAAGCCCGCCAUUGCGCCGCCCGUGUUCGUGUUUCAGAAGGAGAAAGCGCAGAAGUGCCCUGCAGAGCAAAAGGCCGGGUCGGACGCGGGAGAGGCGCCUCUGGGGAAGGCGGAGGCCCCCCACCGUAGCUCGGGGCGCCCCGAGUCCACCGGUGAGCGCGCCCUAGAGCCUCCUGCCCCUGCUGGCGCUUCAGCCGGUCCUUCGUGCCCCGCUCCUGCGGCCCCGUUUCUUCCUUGCCCGCGAGACCUGGCAGGGAGGUCCGCGGGCGGCUCCAGCCCAGAAGGCGGCGAAGACUCCGACCGCGAAGAUGGAGGCUACUGUCCCCCCGUGAAGCGCGAGCGGGCGUCCUCGCUGACCCAGUUCCCCCCGUCCCAGUCAGUCUCCAAAACCAACGUUUUCCUUCCCUCCACCUUGUGCGAGGCGUCUGCGACCCAGUCGGACUCGGAGCCAGAGGAAAAGAGCGGCGGGUUCCGGCUGAAGCCGCCCACCCUGAUCCACGGCCAGGCACCCAGCGCAGGUGUGCCAAGCCAGAAGCCCAAGGAACCACAGAGGAGCGUGCUCCGCCCUGCCGUGCUCCAAGCCCCGCAGCCAAAGACGCUCGCCCUGAUCGUUCCAAGCAGCAGCACCAAUGGGGUCCCUGCCCCCGACUGCUUGGGGGCCGCCGCUGCCUCGCCCGACGCCUCCGCGCACAGAAGCCCCUCGGAGGCCGAGGCCGGCGCCCUAGAGGAGCGAGAGUCCCAGAGCCAGGAGCCUGGCGGUGCUUGGGAGGAGGAGAACGGGGAGCGGAAGGAGUCGGGCGCCUCGCAGGCCUUCGUGUUCGGGCAGAACCUGCGGGACAGAGUCAAGCUCAUCAGCGAGGAUGCAGAGGCAGCCGACAUGGGGGCCGAAGGGCAGCCGGGCCCCGACACCCCCGCAGCCACCAACUACUUUCUCCAGUACAUCAGCUGCAGCGCUGAGAACUCCACCAACAGCGCCGACGCCUCCAGCAACAAAUUUGUGUUCGGCCAGAACAUGAGCGAGCGUGUGCUGAGCCCCCCCAAGCUAAACGAGACUGGCUCCGACGCCGGCAGGGAAAACGCCGCUGUCGAGUCGGGGUCCGAGUCCUCGUCCCAGGAGGCCACCCCCGAGAAAGCUGACAGCGUCUCCGAGUCCCUGGCAGAGUCUGCGGCCGCCUACACCAGGGCCACGGCCCGGAAGUGCUUGCUGGGGAAGGUGGAGGUCAUCACCGGGGAAGAGGCCGAGAGCAACGUGCUGCAGAUCCAGUGUAAACUGUUCGUCUUCGACAAGGCCUCGCAGUCGUGGGUGGAGCGAGGCCGGGGGCAGCUGCGGCUCAACGACAUGGCCUCGGCCGACGACGGCAGCCUGCGCUCCCGGCUCGUGAUGCGGACCCAGGGCAGCCUGCGGCUCAUCCUCAACACCAAGCUGUGGGCGCAGAUGCAGAUGGACAAGGCCAGCGAGAAGGGCAUCCGCAUCACGGCCAUGGACGCCGAGGACCAGGGCGUCAAGGUCUUCCUCAUCUCGGCCAGCUCCAAGGACACGGGCCAGCUGUACGCGGCCCUGCACCACCGCAUCCUGGCGCUGCGCAGCCGGGCCGAGCAGGAGCAGGAGGCCAAGGCGCCCGAGCCCGGGGCCGCCCCGGCCCGCGAGGAGGACGACAGCGACGAGGACGACGUGCUGGCCCCCUCGGGCGCCUCGGGGGGCGGCGCCGGCGACGAAGGGGCCGGGCAGACGGCCGGGGGCACCUAGCGCCGGGGCCGCGACGAGCUGCAGCUCCGUCUGUCCACCCGUCCGUCCGUCCGUCUGUGUGUCCGCCUGCCCCGCCUCCCGCGGACUCGGGGAGCAAGCACAGGCCCGUCCCACGGGGCCGGAACGGACUGGGGGCUGCCCGGCGUGCUCGGGGCUCGCGUCCUCAUCAUAUUGAUGAGCGCCUGGCUGUGCGCACGGACACUCGCGGCCGGACCUCCCGCCCUCCCGCCUCCCCGCGCCGGUUUGGGGGUCUCUAUUUUUAGAUCCUUUUCUUCCCGACGCUUUGUGUCUGGUCUCUUGGGUUCAGACUCGGGGUGGGCCGGCCGCCCGCCGCCGCCUGCGGGGCUCCAGGCGGGGGCCCCGGCUCCUGCCCGUGGCAUUCCCAGGCCCCGCCUGCUCCCGCCCUGGCCAGCCCUGCCGGGCCCACGGGCCUCUGCGACGAGGGCCGUGGACUCCAGGGGCAGGCGGCCGGCUGGCCCCAGAAAACAAACUGUGCCCCCAGCUCGCAGGACUCCCGGGCGUGGGCGCCGUGCCCACCCCCUCUGGCCACCCGCUGGAGCACGCCCCCGCGACGUGGGAGCAGAGGAGGGAGAGGGCGGGGGGACGCGCCAGUCCUGCGGGGACACAGCGCGCCACCGCCCAGCCCGGCCUCACGACCUGCUUUCCGCCUUAGCCAGCUAGUGACCGACCGACCGUCAGACCAGCGAGAAGGCCCAUGAGUCUGGGGACACUUAUGUAAGAUUGUCAUAUGAAAUGUAUUUGGGAUCUACAUUAAAACUUUUAACUAAA